CCGAUCACGAGACGAGCACGCAAGGGCAGAAAAGAGGGCCGUCUUCUCAUGAGUAUGUCCUGGCAAACCCAUGGCUUGUCAUGAGCUGUUCUCAUGCUCAUUUGUUUGUGUGAUCCCAGUGCCUGUUCUGGGAAAUUUGAAUCAGCUGGUGGACUACGCCAUAACGGGCGCCGCACUACUCACCUCACAACGGACUCUUGGUCGCAUAUGGGUGUUGUUGCAUGCUGAUAGAUCGUUAAGAAGCUCCCGAUCCAAGGACAUCGCGCCGGACGAAGGAUUGGCGAUAGCUCCUUUGCGAAGCAUUUGGUAUAAGACGUAGGCCCAGGAAGAACAGUCUCGAUUCGGAUGGACACGAUUGUCAGUAUCUGCUAGUCAGCCUUCGAUGUAUGCAUGAUCCAUAGGUCACUACACUGGCAUACGGAUGGAGAACGACGCAACCAGAUGUGCCCAAGUUGGGUUCAAGAUCUCAACGAGAAACAUGCUGCUACCCAUUCGGCUUACUCUCGGAAGGCUCCGACG